AUGACGAUUGAUGGUGGUAAUGAUGAUGAUGAUGAUAAUGAUAAUGAUGACGAUGAUGAUAAUGAAAAGGAACUGAAUGAAAUUGAUGCAUUUAGAGCAGUGAUCGGGAAAGAAAAAUGUUAA